CUGAUCCGUCACGUGGUCUGGUGUCGUGGGUCACCCUCUUGCAAAAUGGAGUUGUCUGAGUCUGUGCAGAGAGGGCUGCAGUCUCUCGCCGACCCGUCCGCCUUCGACCACAGCAGCUUCCAGGUGCUGCUGGACGUGUCCUACCGGAGCCUGCUCUCCUCUCACGGCGACCCGGGAAUCCUCGAUCAGCCCGAACUGAAGCACAUCGACCAGAUCCUGCUGAAACAGAAUCACGCUGCAGCCACCACCUUCGUGCUGGAGGCUGUCAAACAAAACGCAGACAAGUCGACUAUAAGCUCGUGCCUUGAAGAACUCACAUUCGGCGCAGAGAGAAUAGAAAUAUUCUGUAGCACACACCAGAAACAUAAAAAAGAACUGGAGCAUCUGUUAGCAAGCAUAGGAAGGUGUCCACCACAGAUCACUGACGCGUCAUGGCGCCUACAAUACCAUGUGAAGAACGGGCAGGUCGAUAAGGUCAACGAGCCUUUCUACUUGAUUUCACUGAACACUGAGAACGAAGGAUCCCCGGAGGAUAUCAACUUUACCUGCACAGUGGAGCAGCUACAGGAUUUGGUGGGGAAGCUCAAAGACGCUGCCAAGAGUGUGGAGAAAGCCAGUCAGAUGUGAUGCCGGUGUCCAGUUUCCACCACAAAGCACUGAACUUCAUCACUUUUCCAGCGGCAUUGCUCACCUCUUUAUAGCCUUCUUUUAUACCUGCAGAUCGACAUGACGUGUGUGCAUGUGAGAAAAUGACCAUUCCAAGUUGUGUGUUUUAAUUAAAAGUGAGAAAAAAAUCAAA